AAUAAAUAAAAAAACUCACUGACCCUCCCAAAAAAUAGGCUGCCGCAGCAGAUUGAAUUGAACCCAGAUCUGAAACAAACAAGAAUCAAUCACCGCCCCUUCUCCCCGCUGCCAUGGCUUCUCUUCCACUCACCCCAUCAUCCACCGCCGUCCCCGCCAACCUCCGCCGUCAACCCUGUUCCCUUCUUCCUCUCUCCUCAAAUUUGAAACCCACCGCCGGUGGCCGAUUCAGAAGAACAAGACCCAACCUAUCUUCUCAACUAAAUGCCGCUGCCGUCGACAAACAAGAAUCAAUCACCGCCACAACCAAUCCCAAGAUCGAUUAUGGAGUCGUCGGAGUUCACCACGUCGGAAUCCUCUGCGACAACCUCGAAACGUCGCUCGAGUUCUACCAGGGGAUGCUGGGUCUCGAGAUAAACGAGGCAAGGCCUCACGACAAGCUUCCAUACAGAGGAGCUUGGUUGUGGGUGGGCGCCGAGAAGAUCCAUUUGAUGGAGCUCCCGAAUCCGGACCCUUUAACCGGACGCCCUGAACAUGGUGGUCGCGACCGCCAUGCUUGCCUCGCCAUUCGAGAUGUCUCCAAGCUCAAAGAGAUCCUCGACGAAGCGGGACAUCCCUACACACUUAGCCGGUCCGGGAGGCCUGCAAUCUUCACUCGCGAUCCGGAUGCGAAUGCGCUGGAGUUCACUCAAGUCGAUUGACUCCCUGCAGCUUCAGCUCACAAUGGCAUUAAAAUUUUUC